AAUUCUUUCCUCUCCUCUCCUCCCUUCAGACCUUCACUUUGUGCCAUAAGCCAAAUUUAUGAUUUUGGUUUCAAUAACAUCACCAAUGGCGAUGCUCUCUCUACGAUCUCCAAGCUCUAUGCCGCUCAUUUCUUCCUCUGUUUCUCAUAUAUGCUCGAAACCCUUCUUUCAGUUACCAUCAUCUUCGAAUUCGAUUGCUUCUGUUCCUCUUACCAAAUUAAAAUCCAUUUACACUUCCGUUUUGCCGAUCUUUAGACCCCGCUUGGUUUCCGCGAGAGCAGCCACUGGAGCCACCGAUUCAGUCAUAGAUUACAGAGAAGAUAUCGGUGAGAUUCUCGGCGAUGUCUCCAUCUUCACUGCUUCUGGCCAGCGUGUGCAAUUUAGUGAUCUCUGGGAACAGAACGAUGGAAUCGCUGCUGUUGUGCUUUUGAGGCAUUUCGGAUGCGUUUGCUGUUGGGAACUUGCUACUGCUUUGAAAGAAGCGAAACCGAGAUUUGAUGCAGCUGGUGUUAGAUUGAUAGCUGUUGAUGUUGGAACUCCUGAUAAGGCUCGUAUACUUGCUACUCGGUUACCUUUUCCCAUGGAAUGUCUCUAUGCGGAUCCUGAACGCAAGGCAUACGAUGUUCUUGGAUUAUACUACGGUUUAGGCCGCACUUUCUUCAAUCCAGCUAGUAAAAAGGUCUUCUCAAGAUUUAAAGAGAUUCGUGAAGCUACAAAGAAUUACACCAUAGAAGCCACUCCUGAAGACAGAAGCAGUGUGUUGCAACAGGGAGGUACGUUUGUAUUCAGAGGCAAGAAACUGUUGUACGGUCGAAAAGACGAAGGCACUGGAGAUCAUCCAUCUCUCGAUGAUGUUAUCAAUGUCUGCCGCAAAACCGCUGUUGCUUGAAACAUAUUUGAUCAUAACUCUCUCUAAUUUGUUUGUCCUAAAUACUUCAAAUCACUGUAUAGGUAUGAAAUAGUGUCUGUCUAUAUUUCUUAAAUUUUGGAUAAAGUAUCAACACAAAUACAAUAUAUGUCCCCAAGUCCAGUGUUCUCCGCUCUUUUAGUUUGGAAGAUGUCGACAAUUCAUUGAAACCAAA